UCCUAAACGACGCCUCUCCAGAAUCCAGAGGCGAAAAAAAAUGAGAAAAAACGACCAGAAAAAUCUUCAGAAUUUCUAAAAAUGUCAAAUUAAUUUCACAUUUGAAUGUCUCCUCUUCUCCCUCUGUAUCCCAAUCCAACAAAAUUGCGGAACAGAUCAAAAGGCUUAGGUUUAAGCUUUUUGAAAUUCUCAAAAAUCAAAUCAUUCCGCAAAAUGGUGGUGCCUUUAUUACAGGCACCGGAAUUUAGGAAAUUAAGGAGAUCAGCUUUAAUAUUGGGCCUCUCCAAUGCGCUUAUAAUAAUAAUGGGAGCUAUUAUUGUAAUUAUUACGCGUUAUUCGUGUGGAGAAAAGGAUAUUGCGCCAGUUUUUGUUAUAAUGAUGGCUAGUUUUGUAAGAAUUGGUGCUAUGAUUGGAACUGGUAUUGCUCAACAAGAUACUGCUUCUUGUAUUUUAACUUCUCAGUCCGAUUUGCCUGAUUCUCAAGCUGCUAUUCGACACCAAAGACGGAGGAAAUAUAGGAGACUGUUAUUGUGGACCCGAAUUGCCUCAGUAAUUACAGUGGUGCAGCUUCUUGGGGCUGUUUUUCUUUUGUUCAGUGUCACAAAUCUUUUGCAUCGUGAUACAACAUCAAGCAACUGUUUGAGAGGGCUUCUCUCAAAUGGUUCAUGGUGGCAACGCAACAUACUUAUUCUUUUUAUGGUUAUUAUUUCUUAUGUGGCUCCAGUACAAUGUUUUGCUGGAGCCGAGGUCUUGAGAUGGAGGUCUUUCUAUGCAACAGAAGAUAAUGCAUGGAAGGCACAUUAUAGGGAGGUAUUUGAUCAUGGCAUUCGUGAAGCUUUGUGCUGUCUGGGACGGGUCAAAUACUUGACUGUGCUAGAGGAAGAUGAAGUUUGUUCUGUGGCACAGUUACUUGGUGAUCUUGUGACUUACCGUGCAUCUGGGACAGGUCAUUUGGAGCUCUUAGCAGGACUAGCUUUAUUGCAGAAUCCUCGUUCAUUCUCUAAAUUGUAUGAAGAGUCAAUGAUCGUACCCAUGGAAAGGAUGCGCGAGGCUGCUUUCUUUCAUCCGUUUGCUGAAGCAGCCUACACGGGUCUAUUACUUGAUAUAGGAAGAAAUCCUGUACUUUUUUCAUGUUCAUGGCUCUAUAGGCAAGGCAUUCUUGCUCCCUGGCUAUGGAACAGGCGACCUUUACUCGAAGGUGACAACUGGUGGCGAGGUCAUGCAGCAGCCUUCUUGAAACAUGUUCAUUUGUCAGCACAUAUGCUCAGAAAAGGGCGUGUUAAUCAAGGAAAGUGUAAAGCAGCAUACUUUAUUGUGGUUUUGCAUAAUGUGAAAUCUGUUGUAAUUGCUGUGAGGGGAACUGAGACCCCUGAAGACCUCAUAACUGAUAGUUUAGGCAGGGAAUGCUGCCUUACUGAAGGAGAAUUAGAUAGCCUACUACAUGGCAAUCAUUUUGACUCGUGCAUUCGUCAAAGGGUGGUUUCAUCCAAACCACACUAUGCACACUCAGGAGUAGUUGAGGCCGCACGUGAUCUUUACAUGCAAGUAGAUGGAAAUUCUGAAGAUGGUGGAUUUCUCUCGUCAUUGCUGGGAGCAGGAUGUGAGUGUGAGGGAUAUGGUGUGCGAAUAGUGGGGCAUUCCCUUGGAGGAGCUAUUGCUGCAUUACUAGGAAUGAAGCUGCGCAAACAAUAUCCGGAUAUACACGUCUACACAUAUGGUGCUCUCCCAUGUGUGGGUCUGGUGGUAGCAGAUGCUUGUUCAGAAUUCAUUACCAGCAUUGUAAACAAUGAUGAAUUUUCAGCGCGCCUUUCAGUAGCAUCAAUUAUGAGACUUCAAGCAGCUGCACUUAGGGCACUAUCAGAAGAUGGCACUGUUGAUAUUACAACAAUUUUUAAACUUGCUCAUCACUUUACUUCACUGAGUGUCUGUCAGAAAAGCAUGAACGAUGGAGAAUCGUCAGUGAAUUCUUUGACAGCAAUGUCAAGUUGUACGAACGAAAUCAACCAUAGCCAGCUUGAAAAUGGAUUGGUAAAGCACGAACCAGGAUCCUCUUUUUUGCAUGACAUAGACACAGAUUUUAGCUCUGAUGAUAAAACCGGUUCAACUAAUUCAUCAAAUCGUUUCAACAGUCCUUUUAAUUGUUCUACUUCUGAUUCAAGUCCAUUUGGUGAUCCUUUAGCCGAAUUUAUGGAGGCUGUUCCAUCUUCUGAACAUAAGUCAUCAUUGAAUAUCCCAGAAUUGUUUUUACCUGGUCUUGUUAUCCAUAUUGUGCCACAGAAGGACGGCCUUCAUAAACCAUUGUGGAAACGCUGGAGAACUUGGGAGAGAAGCUGCAGGUAUAGGGCCUAUGUUGCAAAAAGAGAAGCAUUCAAAGAUAUAAUAGUAUCGCCAUACAUGUUCCUGGACCAUCUACCUUGGAGAUGUCAGAAUGCAUUGGAAAAUAUACUGAAGACCGGAAACGUUCAAACUCCAGAUGAUGCAUCUGAAAUUGUGUGAUUGCCGACAGUAAGGUCAGUUGUCACAUCGUUAACUUUGUAGUCCUUGAUGUGUUCUUCUUAAUGGUUUAUCCGUCUCUUGUACUUCGAUUGUAUUUUCUCAAAGAGAAUGCCAGUUCACUCUACUUGGUUCUGAACAAACAUCAUCUUACUAAUCUGGCAACCUAGGUAUUAUUGGAAAGUACUGAUUUAUAGAUAUGACCAGGACAAUUAAAUGAGCAAGCAUUUACUUUCAAAGGGUGUAACAGAUCAACAGAAGCAUGUCUAUUGUCACUUUUCCAGAGAAGAUUCGACAUUAUAUCGCUUAUCAUUGUUUCCAAUAUAUUCCUUAAAUGCGAUGUAUAAUAUCCUUGCAUAAGUUGUUGUUUGUAUUAGAUGAAUCACAACCUCAGAAGAAUCGUACCUAGAACUGCGUCGCAACGAGUCAGUUGAAUCAUUUUAUGUAAUUGUAUAAGCACUUUUGUGAUUACUGCCGAACGAUUCCUUAAUUUCUGUGAGGUUUCAGUUAAAAGUGACCGAUCUUGUCA